AUGCGGGUCGUCGCUCCCCCCUCUCUGCGCUACAGCGAGUCGGCGCUGCCCGAGCGCCUGGACCCAGCGUUCCCGCUGCCGCCGAGCAACAACCGCAGCAGCCUGGCGGCGCUCGACAAGCCGCACGCGGCGGGCCUGGGCGACCCCUUCGCGCUGCGCGACAGCUACACGAGCGAGGCCAGCGGCUUCGACGUCUUCCAGUUCUGGAACGCCGAGACGGACCACGACGCGUCUGCGAGCCAGCUGCUGACCCCCACGGGGCUGCUGGACCCGUACCAGGGCGUGACCAUUGAGGUCAACAACCACUCCAUCAACAACCAGGGCGUCGUCAUGUACCACGUGGACAUCAAGGGCCCGGACGGCAUCCUGUCCACCUACACGAUCCGCCGCCGCUUCCGCGCCUUCAAGAACCUGCACACGGAGCUCAGCCGCCUGCUGCUCGAGUACCAGAACGCGCGCGCGCAGCAGGAGGCUCUGGCCGACGGCCCGGAGAACCACAUCCCGCUGAGCCCGCACAGCGCCGCGGCGCUCGAGAAGGCGCCGCCGCUGUCCAACACCAACUACCGCACGGUUGCGCUGCCUUCGCUGCCCAGCGCGGGCGUCUGGAGCUAUCUCAAGCGCCACGACGUGCGGCUCGUGGAGCAGCGCAAGAAGCGCUUCCAGGAGAUCCUGCGCCUUGCCAUCCGCCACCCGGCCACCAAGACGAGCAGCGUGCUGGACGAGUUCUUGAGCGUCGCGCCCAGCGAGAUCUCGCAGCGGGGCUCGUCCUACGUGUCGCUGCAGGACUACAGCGUGCCCGUGUUCGACCGCCAGCGCGAGUCCAUCGAGCGGCGGCAGAGGAAGAUGCGGGUGCUGGAAGAUCGACGGCUCCGAGCAGGCUCCGACAGUCAGUUCGGGGAGAGACCGCAGUACCAGGUAUAG